UACGCAACAAGUUCCGCCCAUCCCGGAAGAGAGGCGCAGGAGCUCCUCAGUCGAUGACGUGUAUUCCCAGGCGUCUGGACGGGUUCGGUCCCUGGUGCUAAAACCCAAAUCGUAUACGGCUUUUCUCGUAAAUAAAUGUAUUUGAUGAGGUUCCCGGAAGGGAAAGGACGGCUCUGUUAGGCCCUGCAGGGACGGAGGAGCAGAGAGAGCGGGGAGGACCGACGAGCUUUUCUUCCGCCGCCGGGCCUGGACCGUUCGUUGCUGCUCCACCGGCGGCGCCGCGGCGGGCGGGCGGACGGAUAACGACGUCGGUCGUCGUUUUACCAGCUCGUUUACCUGUCCGCGCGGCUCUGGGCACCUGCGGCGGCACGCACGGGGCCGUGAUGAGGGCGAGUCGGGGGAUUGCCGUCAAGGGGUCGGCUGUGGUUGUGCUGCUCCUGACUCUGCUGAUGCACACGGAAGGAGUGAAGAAGUACAAAACGGGUGAUCAGGUCAUCCUGUAUGUUAACAAAGUGGGCCCCUACCACAACCCCCAGGAAACGUACCACUACUACACUCUGCCUGUCUGCAGGCCCAAAGAGGUACGCCACAAGUCUCUGAGCCUGGGGGAGGUGCUGGAUGGAGACAGGAUGGCCGAGUCCUUGUACGACAUCCGCUUUCGGGAGAACGUCGAGAGGCAGACGCUGUGUCAGCUCGCGCUUAGCGAAGCAGAGGUGGAAGAGCUCCGGGAAGCAAUCGAGGAGCUCUACUAUUUUGAGUUUGUCCUAGAUGAUAUUCCCAUCUGGGGCUUUGUGGGAUACAUGGAGGAGAGCGGCUUCCUGCCUCACAGCCAUAAGGUGGGGCUCUGGACACAUCUGGACUUCAACAUCGAGUACAACGGAGACGCCGUCAUCUUCGCUAACGUCUCGGUGAAGGACGUGAAGCCCGUACCCCUUGAUGGGGGUGCUGGGGCGUUUCCUGUGGCUGGGGCUACAGGAGGGCUCACAGUGACCCACACUUACAGCGUGCGUUGGUUCGAGAGCCCCCUUCCCCACGAGAGGCGGGCGGAGCGGCUACGCGACUACUCCUUCUUCCCCAAAACCCUGGAGAUCCACUGGCUGUCCAUCAUCAACUCGCUGGUGCUGGUGGUGCUGCUAUUGGGUUUCGUCAUCAUCAUCCUCAUGAGGGUGCUGAAAAAUGACUUUGCAAGGUACAAUGUGGAGGAGGACGGCACGUGCGAUGACCUUGACCAGGCUGACAACGGCUGGAAGAUCAUCCACACGGACGUGUUCCGCUUCCCGCCCUACAAGAGCCUUCUGUGUGCCGUGCUGGGUGUGGGAGCACAGUUUCUCACUCUGGCCACAGGGAUCAUCAUCAUGGCGUUAUUGGGGAUGUUUAACGUGCAUCGCCAUGGAGCCAUCAACUCUGCAGCAAUUGCGCUGUACGCCCUGACAAGCUGUGUGUCGGGCUACUGCUCCUGCCGCUUCUACACCCAGAUUCAGGGCAAGCGCUGGGUGUGGAACAUCAUCCUGACCUCCUCGCUCUUUUCAGCUCCCCUCUUCCUCACGUGGAGCGUGGUAAACUCUGUGCACUGGUGGAGUGGCUCUACGCAGGCGCUACCCGCCACCACUGUGCUACUGCUGCUGGCCGUUUGGGCACUAGUGGGCUUCCCGCUUGCCGUUAUUGGGGGCAUCGUGGGCAAGAAUGGAGCGGAGAGCUUCCAGGCUCCGUGCCGCACCCGCAACAUCGCCCGCCAGAUCCCUCCGCAGCCAUGGUACAAGCACACCGCUGUGCACAUGGCUAUCGGUGGCUUCUUGCCCUUCAGCGCCAUCUCGGUGGAGCUCUACUACAUCUUUGCCACCGUGUGGGGUCGUGAGUCCUACACGCUCUACGGCAUCCUGCUCUGCGUCUUCGCCAUCCUGCUGUCGGUGGGCGCCUGCAUUUCGGUGGCGCUCACCUACUUCCUGCUGUCGGGUGAAGACUACCGCUGGUGGUGGCGCAGCGUGCUGAGCACAGCCUCCACAGGCCUCUUCAUCUUCAUCUACUCCGUCUUCUACUACCGCAACCGCUCCAGCAUGAGUGGCAUCGUGCAGAGCGUCGAGUUCUUCGGCUACUCGCUGCUCACCGCCCUCGUCUUCUCUUUCAUGCUGGGCACCGUCUCCUUCUGGGCAUCGCUCACCUUCAUCCGCUACAUCUACCGCAGCAUCAAAAUGGACUGAAAGGUUAGGAGGCGGGCAGGGAGCCAGCAUUGCGUAGAUGAACAGCCGGGCGUCCCCAAGGGACGAAGUGGAGGUCACCAUUGGGACGCACAUUGGGAGAGAAUGGGAAGAGCUGAGUGAGAAAGCAAAACGGAAGAGAUUUUGUAUGUCAGAGGACAAGUGGUGGUGGAGAAGGAUUGUGGGAAUGCAUGGGUCUGUCUGUGCAACAGGAGCACUGUCACUGUGCGCAUGUAGACUGUGCAAUAACAUACCAUUGACUGUGAUUUAAUGUAAAUAUAAUCUUUUAAAUAAACUCUUUUUACUACAGU